CCUCCUGCUCGAUUCUCGACAAGCCGAAUUACUGCCUCCCCUCCUCCUACACCGCAGUGUCUCGAAAACCAUCAAGAGUGCGUGUGGCUUACUCAAAGAUGCCUAUCCAACGAAUCACAUACUUCAAAGUGAUCGACGAUGGCCAUUUUGCGACCCUGUUCGACGCCUAUCGUACCUUGAAGAAGGACAAUCAAAAGGAUGGCAAGCCUUACAUUCUCGAAAUCAGUGGAUACCAACCCAUUCCUGAUGCUCGCAAUCAAGGCUACAAUUUCGUCAGCAUGUCCAAGUUCAAAGACCUCGAAGAUAUGAAGUUCUACGAUAAUGAGUGCCCAGCUCAUGGUGCUUUGAAGGCUUUGAAUGUGGGUAAGGUCGACCCGCCGGUUAUGACGACCUACUUCGAGGUGCCAUGAGACUUUCUACUGCUCAACACACGCGAAGCUGCUCGAAAUCUCGUGGUCGUGGAAACAGACAAUAGCGUGGCUUUUCAUCAGGCAACACGCGUAGCUACACGGCAUAGAGAUCCAUUCUUCACUGUAUACAGCUGAUUCAUUACUUCAUACGCGAUGUUUGCGAAUCACCGUCCAGCAGUGCCACUUCGGAUGAUUGCUGUCGAUGGGACGAGGCGAUCGAGAUCCGCAUGGUAUGGGUGCUCGUCACAGCGACAGAACCCGAGCAAUUCGUCUAAUCCGAGCUUCAGUAUAGCAUCGCAAAGCAGUGAGUUGUUCACG